UCCUACAGUCAUUUGGCCCGAAACAUUCGCAUCAGCCAGCCGCCUUACCUAUCCCUGAUCUUUUCCAUAUUGAACGACAUCACUGUACUCGUAGGUAGGAUGCUUACGUCCACGGCGGAUGGGCCAAGUGUGGCUUUGUCGUUCGCAAACAACUUCUGGGGAAAGGAAGAUGCUGGUGUAGGGCCUUUGCUAGAUCGCAUGCUUGCUGCGAAGCAGACGUGCGAUGAGUUGAAAGGUUUCUACAACGGUAAGCCAUAUGGCCUUAUCCGUGGUGGCACAAAACUAAUAUCUAGCACAGCUCGUGCCUCUAUUGAAGACGAAUAUUCCCGAAAGCUUCUCUCGUUAUGUCGAAAAUCAUUGGGAUCCCAUGAGAUUGGAAGUCUCAAGAUCUCACUCGACACUGUUCGAGGCGAGGUUGAAUCGAUGGCAAAACAACACCAGAGUAUCGCGGCGCAAAUGAAGACAGAGUUGGAAGAGCCCCUUGCCGCUUUCGCGGGUGGUAUGAAGGAGAGGAGGAAGAUUGUGCAAAACGGGAUUGAGAAGAUCCUUAAGACGAAAAUACAACAGACACAGCACGUCAACAAGACGCGAGACCGAUUUGAGCAAGAGUGCCUCAAGAUCAAGGGCUACCUUGCCCAGGGCCACAUGGUUAUGGGCCAAGAGGAGCGAAAGAAUAAAGCAAAGCUAGAGAAGACGCAGAUUAGCGUUGCAACGUCUAAUACUGAGUAUGAGAUCGCAGUGAAGGCCCUCGAGGACACGACGUCGAGGUGGAACCGAGAGUGGAAGGCAGCCGCGGACAAGUUCCAAGAUCUGGAGGAGGAGCGCCUCGACUUCACCAAGAGUAGCCUGUGGACGUUCGCCAACAUUUCUUCUACGGUCUGCGUCAGCGACGAUGCUUCUUGCGAAAAGAUCCGCUUAUCGCUGGAGACGAUGGAUGUUGAAACAGACAUCAUCGGCUUCAUCAAAGAACAGGGGACGGGCCAAGAGAUCCCAGACCCGCCAAAGUACAUCAACUUCUGUCGAGGAGAUGUCAACGACACGCAAUCGGAAACCUCUGACGAUGAUAACUACUCCGUCGCCCAAUUUCCAAGGAGUAUUAACCCGGCAUUCAGGUCGUCCUCACCCCAACCUUCGACAUAUGAAUCGCAUCAUGAUCCAAAUUCCAGUCUUGCUCAGGAUCUAGGACACAAAGAUCCACCAUCGGCUCCUCCUAGAAGCGCCAUUGUUCCCGAUGCGAGGCGUCAAGACGGAAGCCCUUCUACGUCUAGACAUGUUGUACAUGAGAUGAUACCAAAGGAUCCCAGCUCCUCUCCAAGAGGAUUUACAUCGGACCUGGGCCACAAGGACGCAAGCCCAUCCUCAAGAAGCUACCUUCAAGAUGCGGGACGACGAGAAAUCUUGCCCUCCAACGCUCGAGAAGCACCAUUUACAACUCAGAGGCCUUCGGAAAAGUUACGGCAGGCUGCUUCAGUUGCCCCUUCCCCAAUUCAACAACAGCAGCAGCCAAGCCGACCUUCUCUUGACAUGGGUCAGCGCGGGUCAUUUGCAUCAGUCCCUCACGAUCCGUACCCUGUCGAUGGUAUGACAAUGCUUUGCCGUACCGGCCCACCCUCGGAACGUAGCUCGCACCCGCCCUCAGCCAGGCCAUCGAGCCGUGAUUCUCUCAGCGAUUACUCGAACCCGACCUCGCUUUCAAGCCAAGAACCAACGAGCGGUAAAGUAUCGCCAAUCAAGCAGGAGCCGGUCAGCAUGGCAUCGGUCUCGGAUAAGCAGGUCCUCAAGAAGCGAAGCGGCAUCUUCCAGAAUCACAGCCCCUUCCGUCGCAAGAGCACAAAGGAAUCAUCAGGCCCGCCGACGAACAGGAACACCUGGCACCCUGUAACAUCUCAAACAAGUCCGUCCAGAAAGCCACAGCUGCAGAGGCAGGAGAAAGGAGAUUUGCUUGGAGACAGAUCAACGUUGAGUCCGGAGCCAAUCGAUGCGAAUGCUAGUCUUGCAUUGAACAUUGGGCAAAACGUUUUCUCGGUCACAACUCCAGACCUGGAGAAGAGGAAGGGAUCAAGUGUUCUGGCCGCUCAGCCCGAGACGGACCCGAUUGCUUUGGCCCUCGCCGAGCUCAAGGGUGUCGGCGUGGGGAAACAGUCCAGCGUACGGGUCUCGGCAGACCGCUACCAUGGCAUUGCUACCCCGACGCCCGGCUCACAGCCAUUCUCCAGGUCAGUUCCAACGGUUGUAGGCAAUAGCGCAGCGGCAGGGGGGCUUCGAGGCACGCCGCCUCCGUAUGAUCAGCAAGUCGUCCAGAGACUCGGAGUCCCGCCCCAGGCAGUGACAGCAAAGGCAAUGAAGGAGACGUCAGCCAAAUUCACCGACCAGACCCGUAGUAUGUUCAGCCCGACCAACCGUCCAGGGUCAAGCUACGGUGGGGCACCCAGCUCACGGCCGAUGACACGUGGUAGCGACGUCCCUCGAGCAGCGUCUCCCGCCCCUCUCCGAAGCGCUUCCCCGAGAAUGGCACCGAUAGAGGACAUGCGAAGCGGCUAUAGAAGCGCUCCGCGCAAUGUUUCUCCGAAACUUGGAUCAGGCGAGGAUACUCGGGGUAGAUAUCGAUCAGCAUCGCCUAAUCCACAAGGUUCUCUGGGUAGAGGUGCAUCGCAGAUGAGCAAUCCACCAAGAAGGGGGUCGGAACAGCCUUAUUACCAACAGAAGUCACCAAGCACAAUGUCGAGAGUGGCAUCUCCAGCACCUUACUUGGAGAAGAUGAGACCAGGCAGUAGCCAUGUCGCCAACGACAUGGCUGUCCAACUCGCGCCUGUGGGUGACGAGAACUAUGGGUCAGUACGUGGUCGGGGUGGAACUCGACCCGGAACGAGCUCGAGCAACCGGGCCAUGGGUCUUUACGAAGGGGGCGGACCACCGGGACAGGGCGAGUCGAGACAGCGAAGUAAGAGUGUGGCAGACCCGUCUAGGCAAUAUACUCGAGAUGGCAGGCCCAUUUUGCACUUUGCAAGGGCGUUAUACGUUUACCAGGCGGCCAUUCCAGAAGAAUUGGGAUUUUCCAAAGGUGAUCUUCUUGCUGUCCUGCGUCAUCAAGAUGACGGGUGGUGGGAAGCUGAAAUUCACGGGAGCAAUGGACGCAUGGGGUUGGUCCCAAGCAACUACCUUCAGCCAUGUUGA